AUGGCCAGGCGACGCUGGAGAUUUGUGACAAUCACGGCGUUCUUGCUGUUCGUGAUAAAAGACACACAGUGUCAAGACGAAAACCACUUUUUCUUUUCGCCGGUAGAAAAAAGUUUUGCUCAAGUUCAACCGCCUGUGUUUCCAAACACUCACCCAUCGACAUUUUAUGAAAAUGGAAAUAAUUAUAGACCUACUCAAACUGCGCAACAAUUAAUCUAUAAUGAGGGUCAGACUGGGUUUCCAAGUCCUAAUUACAAUCAAAAUCCAUCACCUUUUCAGUUACCCACAGGCAGGAGUCAAUCCGGAACCCAGUAUUAUGUAAACCAACCCGAAUUUACUUCACAGCGUCAAAGGUUUAAGCCUGCAUUACCAUAUAACUUUCAAUUAGUUCACCCAGCGUCAACAAAAAGACCAGACUUACCUCAAGUACAUUCCAUAGCGUAUCAAAAUGAUCCAUCCAAACCAGAAACGUUUCUAGGACAAAUCACUUUAAACAAUCCUGAUAUUGACUACUUACAGAACAGCAGAUUCAAAAAUAUGCCAUUCGAUGGUAACAGCUUAAAAAGUAAUGGACAGAGUGGCCAUAUCUUACAUGAUGAGGAUAUUGAAAAUGAUAACCAAGACUUAUACGAUCAGCACAGAGUCACUACUUACAAUCCCCAUAGACUAGCAAGUAAACAAAGACUGAGUAAUAAGCCUAAUGUACCUCGGUUUUCACUUUCUUUGAAUGAGAAUACGCAUAUGGAAAAUUCACCAAGCAGCGCAUUUAAUAGACAUAAAAACUUUGGUACCAAUAAACCAAAGACUAAUUCAUUUCAAAGAACCACUACAGAGUACAAAGGGCUUUUAGAUAUCGAACCCUUACUCGAAGGUGAUAUAAGUGAUAUUAGCUCAUUUAGAGAACUUAUGAAAAACACAGAAGGCUCGUACGAUGUGGAAGUUAUAAAGUCAAAUAACAGUGACUCUGCAGCGAUUGAUAGCAAGCCUGAUGCAAGUUUUAUGAACGCAGAUAAUUAUCCAAAACGAGAACGAUUUGAAGCAAGUAAAAGCACUAAAACUACAACUACAACAACUACCACAACUACAGAGGGUAGUAAUAAUUCCAAUGAGGAAUAUGAUAGUGAAGAAGUAGAAGAUUCCGAAAAAUAUGAAUAUUAUGAUGAUGCAGAUAGUUCUGAAGUAAAUCAUACAAAGGAAGAACCAUAUACCACAGAACAAGCGACCGACAUUUAUGAUGAUUACGAUACUACCGAAGAACCAGAAGCAUCCACACAUGAAUCGAAAAUCAAUACUACACAGUUUGAGGUACUUGUCAUGAAACCAGAAAAAACGAUGGUGCAGGAUGAUAAUUUCAAACAUUUUGUAGACACUACAGUAAUAGAUCAGAGUGAACAUAAAAAUAAAGACAGUGGCCUAAAAUCAGAUUUAUUUAAUAGUUCAGUUGAGUUUGAGGAUGAUAUAACAUCUAUCGAAAUUCCAUCAAUUUUAGGUCAAGAAGUAGUUUCAGUUGUGACAACAAAAAGUGUGGUGAAUGGAACCAUAUCGGUGCCUGAUGUUACUUUUGCACCAAGCACAACAAAACUUAGCGCCACAACAGAAGUUAGUUCAUUUACUAAUCAAACUAACGAUACGUCUAAUCCAGUAACAACCGAAAGUUGGAUUGUAGUUGCUUCUGUUCAGACGAGCAGAAGUGUAUCUGGUGCUCGUUUUUUGCCGUUCCCAACAGUGGAGCAAGAAGAAAAGAAACAAGUUUUGACAGAUGACAAAGAAUUUGAAGAAGACGAAGAAGAAGAAGAGGAGGAAUCAGUUACAAAAGACCCAAGUUUGGAACAAGAAACUGUUGGUUUUACAAGCAGUUCCUCAUCUACAGAAAAUAUUAACGAUAAAUUAGAUAGCAUACAGUCUGAGUUAUCAAGUGCAGUUUUGUCUGGGUCAUUGAACAAUGAAAAUAAAAAUAUUGAACUUAUUACUGAAUCGACUACAGAGCAAAGUACUACAACUACCACAACAACGACUACUCCUGGACCAAUAAAACUCUUCACUUUAAAGAGCACACCACCCACUGUUGAAGCUGAAAAGUCUUUACCCGAACCAUUACCAGUUCAAAUAAAAAAAUUUGCCCCGAGGGUUACAACUUCUACCACACCAAAACCAAAGAAAAAAUUGGUGACUGUGAUGGAUGAUUUAUCUGGCCUAUUACCUUCAGGGUAUAAGUCAAGGCAUUCCUAUAAAGACAAACGAACGAGUACAACUUCGACUACGACAACCACAACAACUACUAGUGCACCAAUUACUUCUUCCAGUGAGAUACCAAUAAUUAAUGGGACUCAAGGCCGAUCGUCAGGAAUUAGUGCAAAAAACAAAGUAAUUAUAUUAGACUACAAAUCUCUUCUUCCUAAAGAGUACAAGCCGAAAGAAAAUAAGCCUCAGGAAGACAUCGUGAAGAAAAUAGCAAAGGAUGAUAUUAGUAAAUUAUUGCCAGUUAAUUACAAGGAACCAAGUACAGAAACAUCAGUUUCAAAAAAACCUAUAAAAUUAGAUAUAUUAGAUAAAAUUCAAGAAGUUGACAUAUCAGCAUUCUUACCAAAAGAUUAUAAAUUAAACAUUACUACAACUACAUCAGAAAAACCCAAAGUGGACGUUAAAAUACCUACGAACGCUAUGCCCGUAGACAUAUCAGCCUUUUUACCACCUGGUUUUAAAUUAGGUGAUAAAACAUCUAUCGAAACUAAAGUAAAAGUAGCAGACAUUUCAAGCUUAUUGCCUCCUGGUUUCAAACUGAAUGAAACUGAUAAUCCUCCUCAAUCUCUUAGUAGCACAACUAAGGCUCCAGGCGGCUUCAAACUGGUAUUCCCCUCACGGCCCGGUGGCAAAACAAUCAGAAAAACGACCACUACUAAACCAAUAGGUAUUAGUCCAGUUGCUCCAAAGAUACAAAAGGGUUGGCCUACAAGGGCUUCUACUGAAUUCACUGGUUGGCCUUCACCAUCUACAACACCAUUCUCAAUUGAGAAACUUCUAGAAGCUCAAAGGAAUGCUACAGCUUCAAGCCCAAUAGUGGAAUUUAGUACUGAGGCAACGACGAGACGCAUUUCAACUACGACCACAACUACUCCUGCUCCACCUCCAUCAACCACUCCAGGUGUAUGCCGAACUGAGUGCGAUAUUGCAGCAACUAUCAAAAUUGUUUCAGGAGUCAAAUGGAUACCGGAAUUAUUAGACCAUCAUACUGAUGAAUGGCAACGCCUUGCUGAUGAAGUAAAGGAAGAGUUGAAUUCUGUCUAUUCUAAAUCUGAUUAUCUUCGUAAAUGGUACAAAGGCAUUCGGAUUGAUGGAUUUACUAAAGGUUCUGUUCUUGUCGACUACUUUAUUGAACUGAAAGAAGUUGAAGAUAAAGUAGACACAUUAGACUUGAAAAAAAUGUUUCACAAAUCGCUACAUGAUGCAAAACCUGGUUCUGUAACUGAGACGGUAACAGAAGAACCUGAUGAAUUUGAUCCUGAUGUGAUGCUUGGAGAUCAACCUGACGAAGAAAGGAUGAAAAAGAGUAAUGAAAAAAUGACUAAAACUAUAGACAAAUCUGCAGGAAAACUAGAAAUAGGAAAGUUUGUCAUGGAUCCUGCGUAUACUGAAUUUAUAGUUUUACCAAAGCGUGAGGAGCCUAAGCCAGUAGAACCCGAAGGAGAGUCAUUUUUACCUCAAUGGGGUAUCGCUGUGAUUGUUAUAGCGAUGGCGUCUCUUCUCUUUGUAGUAAUAUUUGGCGUCACAGUGCUUGUUAAUCGCCAGAAGAGCGCCAAGGCUAAACAACCAAUACCACUUAGCGAAGAUAUGCUCAGAGAACUAGAUAAGAGUCAUAUGGGUGGCUUCGACGACGUGCAUCAAUUGAAAGAUCGUGAACUCCCAUACUUGCCAUCUGGAAAACGUAUGUCAACUGCGUUUAUCGAGCAGUUGGCUUACCCUAACCCUGGUGACUCUUGGCGAUCGGAGUGGACUCCACAGGUUCAGAAAUAUAUGCAGCAUUACACAGCUGAUUCUGGUCGAGGUUCACAGGUCUAUGGACCUGCUGCAAAUCCAUACGGAUACGGCGGCUCGCAACUCUACGGGCAGACAGGAGGCGGGUCUCAAGUGUACGGUUACACGGGCGAGUACCCAGCCCCGCGCUCGCACUAUUCACGUCGUCGCUCUGAGUACGACAGCAACUUCUAG